GUGUGGGGAAGGGCUGAGAGGCGUUGGGCGCUGGCGGAGGAAGGUUAGGGUGUGCGGGGUUCUUCUCUCCAUCCUGCCAGGCGCUGUCUUCUGGCCUCACCCCCGCUGAGGAGCUUCUGGAGGCAUUGGAGGGCCGCGGGGGGAGACAGGAGCAUUAUGACAGUUGUGAGCGCUGAGCUGAGACAGAUGGGACAGCUUUGGUAGGGGCUCCAGGCUGACACUUCUGCUUUGAGAGGAAGAGGCUACAGAACCACCAGCUGUACCUGAGAGGUGCUCCGGGACUUCAUCGCAGGAUCUCAAUUUAGCAAGUAAAGGCAGAUCCAGAGAUGGGGAAGAAGAGCAGGGUGAAAACCCAGAAGUCGGGAGGUACCGGGGCAGCAGCAGCUGUGUCCCCGAAGGAGAUGAUGAACCUGAUCAAUGAAUUACUGCAGAAGUGCAGUAAUCCCAGUUCUGCUCCGGGGAGAGAGUGGGAAGAAUAUGUGCAGAUCCGCAGCCUUGUUGAAAGAAUCCGUAAAAAGCAGAAAGUCGGCUUGUCCAUUGUGUUUGACGGGAACAGAGAAGAUUAUUUCCAUGAACUUGUUGAGUGGGCAAGAACAAAUGAGGCAUCAACAGAAGGAUUCGAACUUGUAGAGUUUCCUAAUGAAGGCUUCGGACUGAAGGCUACAAGAGAGAUAAAGGCUGAAGAGCUGUUCCUCUGGGUACCAAGGAAGUUAUUAAUGACUGUGGAGUCUGCUAAGAAUUCAGUGCUGGGAUCCCUGUACUCGCAGGACCGGAUUUUACAAGCAAUGGGGAACAUCACCCUCGCCUUCCACCUGCUCUGCGAAAGAGCGGAUCCCGGUUCCUUUUGGCUGCCCUACAUAAAGACGCUCCCCAGCACGUAUGACACUCCUCUGUAUUUUGAGGAGGAUGAAGUUCACUACCUGCAGUGUACACAAGCCAUACAUGAUGUAUUCAGCCAGUACAAGAACACUGCACGGCAGUAUGCCUACUUCUACAAAGUCAUUCAGACUCAUCCUAAUGCCAGCAAGCUGCCACUAAAGGACGCUUUCACGUUUGAUGACUACAGAUGGGCCGUGUCCUCCGUCAUGACGCGUCAGAAUCAGAUCCCUACGGAGGAUGGUUCACGGGUGACUCUGGCAUUAAUUCCGCUCUGGGACAUGUGUAACCACACCAAUGGCCUGAUAACUACCGGUUAUAAUUUAGAGGAUGACCGAUGCGAGUGCGUGGCGUUGCAGGAGUUUAAAGCCGGAGAACAGAUUUACAUUUUUUACGGCACUCGGUCAAACGCAGAGUUUGUCAUCCAUAACGGAUUCUUCUUUGAAAACAACGCUCAUGACCGGGUGAAGAUAAAGCUGGGCGUCAGUAAGAGCGACAGGCUGUAUGCCAUGAAGGCCGAGGUCCUAGCACGGGCCGGCAUCCCGACGUCCAGUGUGUUUGCUCUGCAUGUCACAGAGUCUCCGAUAUCUGCUCAGCUGCUGGCCUUUCUGAGAGUCUUCUGCAUGAGUGAAGAGGAGCUGAAGGAACACUUGAUUGGAGAGCAUGCAAUCGAUAAGAUCUUCACUCUGGGGAAUAGCGAGUUUCCGGUCAGUUGGGACAAUGAGAUCAAGCUGUGGACUUUCCUGGAGGCGAGAGCUUCGCUGCUGCUGAAGACCUACAGAACCACCGUAGAGGAGGAUAAACACCUUUUAGAGCAUGGCAACCUAUCGCCUCACUCAGCAAUGGCUAUCAAGCUGCGUCUGGUGGAGAAGGAGAUCUUGGAGAAAGCAGUAAAAAGCACUUCUGACAACCGCAAGCUGUACAGCAAACGAUUAGAGGAUGGCGACCCCCUCCCAAAAUACGAAGAAAGCAACAUUGCCUUUUUGGAGAACUCUUCAUCGGACUCCAAACUUCCCCUGGUGCUAAGGAACCUUGACGAAGAAGACAUGGAUCCGGCUGAGCUCAAAAUCCAGGAGGCCCUCACAAUCUCCGAAUUCUCCGAAAAUGGCUACGUCAACAGAAAAGACUCUCUACUCAAUGGGACCAAGUCUGAAAGCUCUACCGUCCUCCCAGGGGAGGAAGCAACCAAAGACGCCAAAGAGAUUUCUGCGGAGCGCACCGAUGAGUCUAAAGUGCAAUUGUGAACUAUUUUUGACUUUGAGAUUUAGAAAGAAAUACAGAGUUUUUUUUCUCGAAACAGUGCAGUUUCAUUGCUGUGUUCACUUGUUAAGUUUUUGGCAGAUAAAGAUGUUGCUGCUUU